UUCCUGGAGCUGGGGGGACUGUCUGCCACGAGAGGGACAGGACGUGGAGCAGAGGGGGUGAUUCUGCAGCUGUCACUGGUUCCCCCCACCUUGGGGGAUGAAGUGGUGACUGACUGCACCCCGCACCCCCUGUCCCUGCGCUGCCGGGGUUGGAGCUGGAGAUCUGGGGAUCAAAACUGAGCCCGGGAAGAUGGGAGGUGGGGGAGGAGAUUUAAGACAGGGUAAUGCUCCUGACCGUCCCACUCUGUCUGUGAAGCGUUGGGUCUGUGCUUGAAUUAAAGCAGAGGGGAUUUUUCCUUCCCCAAACAGAACAGUAAUGGGAGAGUCGCCCCCCCUUGUACUUAUCUCUGUUCCUGAGCCUCUGGGUUCAUUUUCUCCUUCCCAGCGCUGGGGGGGGAAGGGGGGAGUGAGUGGCCGUGUGGGGCUCAGUUGUCCCCUGGGCUCAACUAAGGACAGGGGACGGUUAAAAUAGCCGGGAGGACGGAGGUGGGUUCUGGACCUGGGCCCGAGUGAUCCCGGCUGGGGCUGAUCUAAAAAGAGCGAGCAGCUGCUUCUCGCCUCUCCUGCUGACGGCAGAAGCUGGGGAGCAGCACCCCGACACCACACCUGCCGUGGGGAGCUGGUAACGCUUCCAGCUGGGGCUCAGGUAACGGGGUGGGGCUCUCGACGGUGCCGGGAGGGGUCCCUGGCUGGCUGGUGAUUCCCCCAGCCUGCCCUGCUCUCUCCGCAGCCCACUCCCCGCGCCGCCACUGCUCUCACUCCCCCACCUCUGCUUGCGGAGGAUCCGGCUGCUCCCCAGCCCUGCGGCAGACGGGGGCUUCCCCCGGGGCGGCUCUGCCCCCCAUGGGGCAUCUGGCACUGGGUUUGGUGCUGCUGGCCGGGACCCUCGCCGCCAGCAGCCCCCCGCGCCAGCGAGACCUCGACCCCCUCCAGGAGGUGGCACUGGACAUGGCCCCCAACUCCUUUGAUGACCAGUACCGCGGCUGCAGCCACUUGAUGGAGGAGGAGCUGGAGGAGCUCAACCGCACCGAGAUCGCCAUCAACAACAUCUACGCCAAGGCCUGGACCCACGCCGCUGCCGAAUGGCGGAUCCGGCAGGGCCACGUCCCCCGGCCGCCGGCGCUGCGGCCGGAGCACGCGGUCGCCCUCCUGGCGUACACGACGCAGGAACCCCUGUACCGGGAGUUCAACGCGGCCGUGCGCGAGGCUGGGCGCUCCCGCAAGUAAUGUCGGGGCAUCUUUCACUUCAAGGUGCUGCAUUUCCUCCUGACCGAGGCCCUGCGUGUCCUGCGCGAGGCCCAGCCCCGCCGCUGCCACCGCGUCUACCGGGGCGUGCCAGGCAUCUGCUUCAGCGCCCAGCAGCACCAGUCCAUGCGCUUCGGCCAGUUCACAUCCACCUCCCUCCAGUACAAUAUCAGCCAGCUCUUUGGCCAGGACACCAUCUUCUUGGUGGAGACCUGCUACGGCGCCCACAUCAGCAACUUCUCCUCCUUCCCUGGGGAGGAGGAGGUCCUCAUCCCGCCCUUCAAGAGCUUCGAGGUCACCGACGUGGCCCACCAUGGGAACGGAGCCCUCAUCCAGCUCCGCUCCCGGGAUGCACGCAGCACCUGUAACUGUGAGCUGGUGAAAGGUGACGUCCCCACUGCUAGGCGGGGGGGACAGGCGGUGGCGCUGUCCCACCAGCUCUGCUGGGAAGGGGGGGUCUUGCCCGUGGGGAGGGUCACGGGGGGAGUUUGCCUGCACUCUGUGGGUGGGGGUCAGGGACGGAUCCUGCCCUCUGUGGGCACCGGAGCCACCUCCCAGGACACGGGUGACACCGGGCAGCCUCGAUGA